CCUCGUUUGCCGGAAACAAUGUGUUUUUCAGCCAGACGAGGGCGCUCGACACAGUCUUUCGUCUUGCGUCACCCGCAGAAACAGAAGAAGAAGUGUUUUAAAGAUGGCGCUACCCGGUGUUUUACUCGUGAGACUGAACGGGCUUUGCAAACUGUCCCAGUUUGUUCAUGCUGGGAGAAAAACAGCCUUUAACUGUGGAGGAGAAAUGCGAUGGUAUGGAACAAAGGCACAGAGGUUUCUCGAGCACAGCGCUCCCUGUUUCCACAGUAAACGAGCUAAAGGUAAUCUAAACCUUCAGAAAGAGUUUCCAGACCCCAAAAGCCUCCUAAACAACACUAUAUCCCGGUCGUUAGGAGUGAAUGACCUUUCUCAGCUCAUCCAGUACAGCUGUACAGAACAUGAUGGUCUCAAGAAAGCAACUGUAACAAUUCAGUGGCCCAGCAAGAUUACAGCAGAGGGUUAUGCAUCCAGGAAGAUUGAUGCAGAGCGGUUUGCUGCUGCUGCAGCCUGUCUCAGACUCAGAGAAUUGGGUGUGAUCGGUCCGAACAAUCAGCUCCCUAAAAGGAGAGCAGGUCGGGUGAGAGGAGGACUACAUUCCCAUCUCUAUGACAAUGAAGAGAACCACCGGACAACUAAUGUUUCCGUCCCCAGAGGAGAGGAAUUUUCCUCUCCUAUGGAGGAUGCUUCUGUUGUGUCUGAAGCCCUUUCUCUCUUUCCACAACCUAAAUCUCUUCUGACCAGGGUGAUCCAGGUGGCCACUUCAGCCAACAGAAUCAGAGAGUUAAUGCAUUUCAGAACAGCAGGAGGGAAACUUAAAAAAUGUGAGCUGACUCUGCUUUGGCCGGAGGAGAUGACGUUCAGAGCGACGGCGAGCAGCCGAGUCAUGGCAGAGAGGGGAGCUGCAGCGCUUGCCUGCAUGAAGCUGAAGGAGCUUGAGCUUUUGGAUAAAGACAAUAACCCCCUCACUCAUGCAAAGUACCACCGAGACAAAGUAAAGGAGGCUGGAGAGAGAGAGAGGCGUCCAUUCCUUCUGGAGAUUCCACAAUAUCUGGAGCAACACAUCAGGGAUUAUCUAACACAGUACCCGGUUGCCACAGAAAUACAGAAGCUAUGGGAGGAAGAGGAGUCGAGAGGACAACAGACAAUGAAUGAGGAGGAAGGAGAAGAGGUCUUCAUAGCGGACGCCAUCACUGGCAAGCCUUACAAGCCCCUGUCACAGCAUCAGGCUCGGUGGCUCAGCUGCCACCUGCAGGAGGAAUGGGAAAAGGCAAACCCUGGACUUAGUGUGGAGCUGCCUGUGGACGCCCACCAGCAGCGCGUGGUCUCGGCCGUGCGUUCCUCCAGGGUGGUUGUGAUCGCCGGCGAGACUGGGUGUGGUAAGACCACCCGGAUCCCACGCUUUCUGCUGGAAGAACAAGUGAGAAGGGGGGAGGGAGCAGAGUGCAACGUCCUGGUGACUCAGCCUCGUCGGAUCAGUGCCGUGUCGGUAGCUCAUCGAGUCGCUCAUGAGAUGGGUCCACAUCUUAAACACCACAUUGGAUAUCAGGUGAGACUUGAGAGCCGACCUCCUGAAAACAGCAGAGGGUCCAUGCUCUUCCUCACAGUGGGUGUGCUGCUGAAGAAGCUGCAGUCAAACCCCACCCUGAAAGGAAUCAGUCAUGUUGUUGUGGACGAGGUCCACGAGAGGGAUGUGAACACGGACCUGUUGCUGGCAUUGCUGCGCUCCAGCUUAAACGAGAACCCUGACCUCCGGGUUGUGCUUAUGAGCGCCACCGGGGACAACCAGAGGCUGGCAGAGUACUUUGGAGGCUGCCCUGUCAUAAAGGUGCCAGGAUUCAUGCACCCAGUGAAGGACAGAUACCUUGAGGAUGUGAUGAGGGAGAUGGGACGCUCUGCUCAAAUCCAGAGACGGGUGAAUGCAAAUGAGGAGGGGUUGGAAGAGGCCUCCCCAGAUCUUGACUUAGUAGCUGACGUCAUUGAGCACAUCGACAGACAUGGAGAGCCAGGUGCGGUGUUGUGUUUCCUACCUGGUUGGCAGGACAUCAAAGGAGUUCAACAAAAACUGGAGGAAAAAACACGUUUUUUAUCAGGCAAUCACAUGAUUGUGCCAUUGCACUCAAGCUUAUCAGUAGCUGACCAGCAACUAGUUUUCCAGAAGCCCAAAGCUGGUCAAAGGAAGAUCGUGCUUACCACUAACAUAGCUGAAACCUCCAUUACAAUAGAUGAUAUAGUUCAUGUGGUGGAUACAGGAACUCACAAGGAGCAGAAUUAUGACCAGCGGACAAAGGUUUCCUGUCUGGACACAGUGUGGAUAUCUCAUUCUAAUGUAACUCAAAGAAAAGGAAGGGCAGGACGUUGCCAACCGGGGCAGUCGUAUCACCUGUUCCCAAGGAAACAGCUGGAAAGCAUGACACUCUUUCCUGUUCCUGAAAUCCUGCGUACACCUCUGGAAAGUUUAGUAUUGCAGGCUAAAAUCCACAGUCCAAACUGCAAGGCUGUAGACUUCCUAUCUCAAGUCUUGGACAGUCCAGAGCCACAAGCUGUGAAAGAUGCAGUCAAGAACCUCCAGGAUAUCGGAGUCCUAGACCGGACAGAAACCCUGACUCCUUUAGGAGAGCGUGUGGCCUGUAUGUCAUGUGACCCACGACUCGGCAAAGUCCUGGUUCUGAGUGCCCUGUUUAGAUGUGUUCUGCCUAUGUUGUCGGUGGCUGCAUGUCUAACCAGAGACCCAUUCCACAACAGCCUUCAAAACAGAGCACUUGUAAAUAAGGUCAAAGAUGACCUGUGCAGCUCCAGCUAUAGUGACUAUCUGGUGUUCAGCCGAGCGGUUCUGGGCUGGAGAAAAGUCCAACUCGAGGGAGACAGAGAAGACAGAGAUGAAUAUUUGCAGAAAUAUGUUUUGUCUAAAGGCUCUCUCCGAUUUAUCAAUGGUCUUAUCUCCCAGUUCAGCGACAACCUGCAGGAAGCAGAGCUGGUUUCUCGUGCUAGUGAGUGCCAGCGUCAUACAUCGCUCUACAAUGAGCACAGCGGCCAGGAUGAGCUGCUUAAGGCGGUACUGCUGGCUGGAUUGUACCCCAACCUUAUCCAGGUAAAGAAAGGUGUUAUUACCAAAGGGGGGCGCUUUCGCCCCAAUAAUCUGGCUCUCCGCACAGUCAGUGGUCCGGUGCUGCUUCAUCGCUCUUCAGUGAACAGAGGAAAAGAGGAUCUCCCCAGUCGUUGGCUGACCUUUUACAGUGCGGUCAAGUCUAACGGGAAUGUUUUCAUCAGGGACUCGUCUGUGGUUCACCCCCUUGCCCUGCUGCUGCUCACAGACUGUGACAUUUCAGAGACAGUUAAUAACAACAAGGUGGAAGUAUCUUUUCCUGGCCGCUCUCUGGUCCGCUGCCAAGUGCCAAUUGAGACAUGGGAGCUACUCUGGGAGCUACGUACUUCCGUUCAGGCUAUGCUGCACCGAAACUUCAACAAUCCCAGCAACGCUAUCAUUUCUCAAGACGGACGCCUCAUAUCUUUACUUGUAGAGCUGCUCAACAACACGGAGUCGAAUCCGUUUGUUGAGAUUUCCUACACAGAAAGUGAGGUAGAUUAAAUAAAUGAUUUUCUGCAUCUGAACUUUGACAUAUUCACAUAUUGAAGCAUGUUUUUAAAAGCACUUUAAGAUGAUAUUCCGAACAGGUUGAGAAUGUUCUCGAUUUGAAAUCUUCAGUGGAGUUAUGAAGCUGCUUCUUAUUUAUAGAUUAACUCAAUCACUAGA